CCUGGGUGAGAUGCGCCUUCAGCGAGAUGAACUUGACCGCCAGUCCGGCUCCUUUGGAAGCGACGCCAGCCAAGCGCACAAGAAGUGCCAGCAAUGUGACCGCCAGAGUUUCGAGAUCUCAAAGCGGGAAGUCGGGUAUUUCGACGCCCACAAAGAUUCCCGCGGUGGAGUCCGUGGAUCUCACAGCCAUUGAUGAUGACCAGGAUGCGGACAUCACUGGGCCACCGCCGCAGGUCAAGGAGAACUGGAUGGAUAGCUUUGCGCCGGCCAACAGCGAAGAUUUGGCCGUGCAUCCCAAGAAGGUCGGAGAACUUCGCGAUUGGCUGCGUCACUGUGAAGCGGUGCGAAAGAAGUUCCCCGCGCAAAUUUGCCUGCUCACCGGACCAACUGGAGCUGGGAAAACCGCCACGUUGCGUUGCCUGGCCCAGGAGUUUGGCUACCAGCUGCAGGAGUGGAUCAAUCCGGUGGAUUGCGAGGUGGUCAACGCUCUGGGCGAUCAGCCAAGUGGUGCCGCCUAUGUGGGCUCCCAUCUGGAGGCCUUCAAGAGCUUCCUGCUGCGCGCCUCGCGUUACAAAUCCCUGCUGGACUCGCACAACAAGCGAUUGCUUCUUGUCGAGGACUUUCCCAACGUCCUGCUCAGCGACAAGGAGGCCAACUUUGAGGAGUUACUAGGGGAAUACUCAACCUAUGGAAAGUCCCCGCUGGUAUUCAUCGUGGCCGAUGCCAAAUCCCGGGGCUUAAACAUUAGCUACCGCCUUUUUCCCGAUCAACUGAAAGCCAAAUAUCGCAUUGAGCACAUCAGCUUCAAUUCUAUUGCAUCGACAAUUAUGCAAAAGUCCAUGAAAGCCUUCUGCUCCGUAAUGCAGCAGCCGCAAAAUAAAGCAACUUACAAGUUGCCCUCGUCCACUGUUGUUGACUCAAUAGUUGUAGGCGCCCAGGGCGACAUAAGAAAUGCAUUGAUCAAUCUGCAUCUCAGUUCCUUGAAAGGAGUUCCCAGCAUGCCCACCAAACAGUUGAAUGUCAGUGUAGCAGCCACCAAAGGACGCAAAAAGAAGAUGCAGAGCACUCUUAAGUCAAUUGGUAGAGAUGAAUCCAUUACCUUGAUGCACGCUUUGGGAAGGGUGCUGAAUCCCAAGUUUAAUGAGGACAAAAGCAUGCUGCAUAGCCCCGAGGAAUUAACCGAAGCGUUUAAUACAGAGCCAAGGAAUUUCGUGAACUUUAUACAUGCCAAUUAUCUGCCACAUUUUAAGGAGAUCGACGAAGUUGUUCUCGCCAUAAAUGACUUGGGUCUGUCAGAUACCAUGCUCAAUGAGUAUCGUGAUGACGCCUUGUCCGUGAUGGGUCUCAACAUCGCCAUCAGGGGCGUUAUGCUGGCCAAUAGCUCCCCUGUCAGCGGUUGGAUGCCAGUUAGAGGACCCAAGCGAAUUAAUAUACAGCCACAGGCGACUGUGGCUGAACAGAGACUGGUUGGUGUGGGUUACGCGGGCAUUUCCAGGACGCUUUACGCCACCGAAUAUAGUUCUUUGGUGAAGUGCAUAGCUGGAAAGAUUUCGGAGGACAAACCAAACCAAAGCAUGGACUCUAUUUAA